AGUCACUUGGGCGAUCGUCUUUUCUGUCCUCCCCAUUUAAAACAUUUUUGAAGACGUCAGGUCUUCAGGAGCCGAUCAUCCCAUUCCGUCAGAGUCGCCGAGUCCUCCCGAAGGCUUCGGUAGGAAUGUCCCGGAGCCGAGACCUUCUCCGGGAUUUCCGGAGUUCCUUCCCUGGCAUUUUCCAGUUCUAAGCUAGCGAGGAGGUAGCAAGAAGAACAACCAUGUUUUCAGUCAUGAAUAACAUAGUAUUCACAGUUAAAAGCACAUUGGCUGUAAUCUUACUCGGAUUAGUGAUUUUGUCUUUGGUUGGAUCUCCAUUGUUGUUUGGAUCCGCCAACGUUGGAUAUAUUCUAGGCAAAAAUCUGGUAGUUUGUCUACUCGGAGGGUUACUUGCGUAUGCAGUUGGAGAAUACUACACUGAACUGUCAUUUUUCGCCCAAGAAAAGGAGUUACUACUGAAGGAGUUGGAGGAAGCCUACCUGAUGAAUCUAAGCCUCCUCGACGAAAUUGAGACCAGUAGUGAUAAUGAAGAACUGCUAGCUGAAAGGAACGAAGAUCUGGAUAAGGAUUUGGCAGAGGAACAGUUUCGCGUCGAAGAGCUUCUCAAAAUUAUUGAUGAAGAUGAGACGAGGCUGAGCAAAGUCGAGAACGAAAACGAGGAACUGGUUUAUGAGAAUCUGUUCCUAAGGAAGAAGAAUGAAAAAUUUCAAGAUGUGAUCGUCCAGCGAAAUAAGGAGGUCGACAAGCUAGAGGAACAACUGAAACUCAAAGGCACAGAACGUGCAAGGAACGCUGAAGUUAUUCGAGAACUGAAGAAUGAAAUAGUCGAUAACGAGGUAUAUUGCGGUGUUCUCGAAGAGAAGGUAAAAAUUCAGGAAGAAGAAGAAGAGAAAACGAAGCAGCUUGUUUCAAACCUCAAAGAAAACCUGCAAGAAUUUCAAGAUGAAGUUAGUUUUCUUCGUGCCAGAAAUUGUGAUCUUCAGAGCAGGCUGGAAAAUGAGGCGCGCGAGAAUUUAGGUCUGGAGAGGAAGGUGCAGAUACUUGAAGAUGGAAAUCAACACCUGCAAAAGGAUCUGGCCCUUAAGGAAUCGCAGAUUGUCUCCUCGAUGGAAGCGCUUCACGAUGAAAGGAAGAAAAAUGAGAUCCUGGCCGAAGAGCUACUAGUGUUGAAAAAGUGGAUCGCUGAAUUAGCUAGAAAAAAGGAAAAAAUAAACGAUUCACUCGUGGAAAAGGAAUGCGAACUUAGGUCAGUAGUUGAAGAUAUGGAAAAGGAGAGAGAGAAGAAUCGCCUUCUGGUUGAAGAACUCCUAGUACUAAGAAACUGGAUCGCUGAGUUAGCAGAAGAAAAUGAGGAAAUAGAAGGAUCAUCUCAAGAGGAAAGUGAAGAAGACGACGAUUCAGACAAAGUUAAUGAAGUGGAGUCAGAGGUGACCCAGGACAAUGGAGGACAUUCACAGGAAGCAAAGGAAGUAGGAGAGUUAGAACUGAAUAACGUAAAUCAGGAGGGCAUAGAAGUCACAGAGGACAAUGAAGAGGAAAGUGAGGAAAUGGAAGAAUGUCAUCAAACUAAUAACGAAGAAAACAAUAAAGUGGACACGAAAAAGACCCGCAACAAGAAGAGGAGAAACAAGAAGAGGAGAAAGCCUGCUGGAGAAGAGGACAGCAGCAGGUUGUGCGUGGUCCAGUCUAUGGUCCUUGAAACGCACAAUGAAAACUUGCACAGUAUCAUGUUACCUGCUGAAUUCCAGGAGCUCCUCCAGAAAAAUGAAAAUGGUCUCGACUUCAUUAAAUAUAAGAACAAAGUCGUGCUCAACUUCAUGCACCACGACAAGGCGCAUAUACGAGCUGUGCUUAGCAGAUGUUGCAAAUCUGCUGCUGAGGAAGUUCUCGUCGAUCUCCAGAAAUUGCUUCUGAGGAUUCUAGCAUAGGAUAAGGAUUCGACCACCGAGGAUGAUGUUUCGCCCACAAGGAUGAGGAGAUUCCCGCAAGGAUAAGCAGUCGCCCACAAGGAUGAGCAGUCGCCCCCAAGCUUAUAGUAGACGAGUCGGUCACAGUUAGCGGGCGGACUGGUGCCCUUCAUUCCGACUGGCCACGUCUUGGUUCUGUUGCGUCCUGUCCCGGAGGCGUCACGAUCUUCUUGAUCUUUUCGAUGGGAUUGACUGGAGGAUGGGUGUUGGCUGGUGCCCCCCCACCAGCCAAUGGGAGGUCCCCCCACCUCCCACUUAAUUCCCCCCUCCCCUCCAGCCAACCCCAUCGACGAGAUCAAGAAGAUCGCGCCGCCCCCGUAACUUGACGUACCAGCGCCAAGACACUGCCAGCGCACCAUUCCAACCGCUGUGACCCACCCGACUACUAUAAGUAUAUACCAGUGGACUUUGUAUCUUCUUUCAUGCACUUUUGUAAAUUUUGUGACUUGCAGUUCAUUCAUUUUUAUAACUCCUAUGUAAUUCAUUCACUUUUGUAACUCCUAUGUAGUUCAUUCAGUUUUGUAACUUUUGUAAUUCAAUCACUUUUGUAACUAUUGUAAUUCAGUCACUUUUGUAACUUGUAAUUCAUUCACUUUUGGAACUUUUAGUAAUUCAUUCAAGUUUGUAAUUCCUAUAUAAGUUUUUCACUUAUGGAACUUUUGUAAUUCAUUCACACUUUUGUAGCUCCAUUGUAAAUGCAUUUGCAUUUGUAACCCCCUGAGAAAAUAAAACUACCAAAAAAAAA